AUGCAGGAUGGCGAAGGUUAUCGGCGAUGCUGGAUUGAAGGUGAGGAUGAAAUUAAGGAUAAGGGCAAAGGCAUUGGACUCCGAGCAGCGAAAGAGGCAUGGUUCGGGUUGUUAUCCGUGUGGAAAGUGAAGGAGCUGGUCUGCCCUUGCGAUGAAGUUUUUAUGUGCCCAAGAGGUUGCGGGGUAGGAUUCUGCAGUGGGGCAUGCCGGACAGCAAUGGAGGGUUUGCAUCGGGUGUUGUGCACCAGCGCGACCGAGGAGAUGAGAGUGCUCCAGCAAAGUGAGUACUGGGAGAUCACGCGCUUCAGGUUGUACUGCUAUGCUGUUGCCCGCAUCUUCGCAACGUACAUGACGACAGGGAGUGAGGAGGAUGCUCAACAAGUUUUCGGAGGCUUCCAUUCCCCAGAGGAGUUGUAUUCAUCCGCAGUGAUUCAAAGGGAAUUCAAGCGCAAGGUCAAGAUACGUGUGCAGUCUAUCCCGCAGCUCAUGGUUGCUUUUAGAUGCAAGAGCCCAUGUCGCUACUUUCCUCGCACUUCCUGCGAAUCAUUCCCGAUCUUCAGGAAUGGCCACAGAAACUGCAAGAAUAUUUGCAAACAGAAAGUAUGGUGGUGGUCAUUAUGUUCUGCAAAUGCUCAACAAAUUUCGAUUCCUUCUCCGAUAGCGGAAUGUGUAUACCAUGUCAUGGACUCGGAGCGUCCUGAAAAGACGAAACUCGUCCAGGAGCUCAUAGGAGUUGCCAAUUUCGACCUCUCCAACUUUGAAGGCUCGGCCCUUUUCCCAACCAUGAGUAAAUUCAACCACAACUGCAACCCGAAUGUUGAAAUCCUGGCUGUUCCCGAGACCGGGGAUACCCCCUCCGCAGGAUCGAAGCAAGUACUUCAGAAUCGAUUCAUCGCGCGCGCAAGAAGAAAAAUCCACGUGAAUGAAGAGGUGGCCUUGUCAUGUCCCUCGAACCGAAGGUUUCAGUGA